AUGUCCCCCAUCGCAACACAACGUACACACUCCAUUGCUACCAUUGGAGCUGAUGGUAUUGGGCCCGAAGUUAUCGACGCUGGUGUACAAGUAUUAUGCAAGCUUGCGAGUCUCGACGGCACAUUUACACUCGACUUCAAGGAUUACGAUUGGAGCUCGGAAACUUACAAGAAGACUGGACAGUACAUACCUGAUGGCGGAUUGGAAGAGCUGAGAAAGCAUGAUGCAAUAUUGUUUGGCGCUGUUGGUGCACCUGACGUGCCUGACCACAUCUCUCUUUGGGACUUGCGCCUAGCAAUCUGCCAAACAUUCCAGCAGUAUGCGAAUGUGCGGCCAACCAAGAUCUUUCGUGGCACUGAGUCACCACUCCGAAAAGCCGAGCACGGCGAUCUCGACUGGGUAAUUGUUCGUGAGAACACGGAGGGUGAGUACGCUGGGCAGGGAGGUCGAUCGCAUCGUGGUCAGCCAUGGGAAACUGCAACAGAAGUCGCCAUAUUCACCCGCCAUGGUGUCGAACGACUGAUCCGCUUCGCCUUUGAGGUCGCGCAGAAACGACCUAGAAAAUUCUUGACUGUUGUCACCAAGAGCAACGCGCAGAGAAACGGGAUGGUGCUAUGGGACGAGAUCGCAGCAGAGGUCGCCAAAGACUUCCCAGAUGUAAAGUGCGACAAGAUGCUUGUGGAUGCUAUGACAUGUCGCAUGGUACUGGACCCUAAAUCGCUGGACACUAUUGUUGCGACGAACUUGCACGCCGACAUACUCUCUGACCUUGCCGCUGCACUGGCAGGCUCCAUUGGCAUCGCACCAACUAGCAAUCUUGACCCAACGCGCAAGAAUCCAUCCAUGUUUGAGCCCAUCCACGGCUCUGCAUUCGACAUCACUGGCAAAGGUGUCGCAAAUCCAGUCGCCACUUUCUGGACCGCGUCGGAGAUGCUGAUUUGGUUGGGUGAGGAGAGCGCAGCAAAAAAGUUAAUGGAUGCUGUCGAGACGGUCACUGAGCGGGGUGUUCGAACGCGCGAUCUGGGUGGAAGUGCGGGCACGAAGGAGGUUACAGACGCUGUGUGUGCGGAGUUGGAGAUUAUGUUUGGCAGCUCGGCGAAGUAG